CUUUACACACAAAGGCUGCAAUCUUUUCAUAGACUCUCUAAAACUGGAGUGCCCAACCAUAGCCUCCCACCUGUUGCUAGACUUGUUGCAAUUACUUUAUAUUUUAAAUAGAAUCUUGUUUAUAAUCCUCCCCUUCUGAACUGGUUCCUACGUCAUUUCAAAAUGUCUGAUUGUGAAUCUAGUUUUAUUGAGGAGCACAGAUUAAAUAACAAGCAAACUCUGGAUUGUAAUAAUGAGAUUCCAGUUAUGUAUUAUGAAGGUGAAGAUUUCUCAGAGACUAAACACAGUUGUUUGGAAGAAAACCAUACCAUUUCAAAAAAAGAACAAGAAUGCAAUAAAAAAGAUUUUGUGAUGAUCAAUGAAAAGGGUGAGCCUUGUACUCCUCCCAGCGCCAUGAUUUUAACUGUAGAAGAAGACGGUCAGGAACUUGACUCCCACGAACAAAACCUAACUGGAAACUAUGUGUUCAAUUUGCAGCACCCCACUGAUCUAACCUACAGAAGGAUGGGCAUAGAUAGCUAUAGUGUUUUUAACUCUAUUGAUCCAAAAACAGGGGAAAUAUCAGAAAUGACAACCUAUUUGUGUAUUGAUUGUGGUAAAAGUUUUACCGAUAGCAAUCUUUUUGCCAAACACCAGAAAACACACACAGGAUACAAACCCCACUCUUGUAAAGUAUGUGGAAAGACCUUUUCAUACAACUCACACUUGGUUAUUCACCAGAGAAUUCAUGCAGGAGAGAGACCGUUCUCCUGCUCCUAUUGUGGUAAGAGUUUUACUGACCGACCAUCUCUAGUGAAACAUGAGAGGAUCCACACAGGGGAAAAGCCUUUUGAAUGUACUGUGUGUGGAAAGUGCUUCACAGACAGAUCAAACUUAGUGAAACAUCACCGGAUACACACUCGAGAGAAGUCAUUUACUUGUAUAGAAUGUGGAAAGAGUUUCACAGACCGUUCUAAUCUUGUUAAACAUCAAAGGAUUCACACAGGAGAAAAGUCCUUUGAAUGCACGGAAUGUGGGAAAAGGUUCACAGAGAACUCCACACUGGUUGUCCACAUGAGAAGCCACACAGGGGAGAAGCCAUAUGUAUGCAAUGAAUGCGGCAAAUCCUAUUCAUGCAACUCACACCUUAUUGUACAUCAGAGGAGCCACACUGGAGAACGGCCAUUUGGCUGCCAUGAGUGUGGAAAGACUUUCACGGAUAGCUCAACACUUGUUAUACAUCAGCGAGUACACACUGGAGAAAAACCAUUUGUCUGUAUUACAUGUGGGAACAGGUAUACAAAGAAGAGUGCUAUGGUUAAACAUCAGAGGACUCACACUGGUGAAAAGCCAUUUAGUUGUUCACAGUGUGGUAAAAGCUUUAUUGAUAGUUCAUCUCUUGUUAAACACCAGAGGACCCAUACAGGGGAGAAACCAUUUGCUUGUAUUUUGUGUGGUAGAAACUUUGCUGCAAGAUCUACUCUGGUCAAGCAUCAAAGAACUCAUACAGGAGAGAAACCAUACAUGUGUAAAGAGUGUGGGAAAUGCUUUUCAUGUAAUUCACAUCUUGUGGUCCACCAACGAUUUCACACUGGAGAGAAACCAUUUCCAUGCACAGUAUGUGGAAAAAGUUUCACCGAUAGUUCCACUCUAGUCAAGCACCAGAGAAUUCAUACAGGCGAGAGACCUUUUGUGUGUAACUACUGUGGGAAAAGUUUUAUAGACAACUCAACUCUUAUUAAACACCAAAGAAUACACACAGGCGAGCGGCCAUAUUCCUGUAAAGAGUGUGGGAAGUGUUUUACUGACAGCUCAACAUUGGUAAAACAUCAGAGAAUCCAUACUGGUGAGAAACCUUAUACAUGUAAUGAUUGUGGACGGAGUUUUACCGACUGCUCAACGCUUAUUAAGCACCAGAAAAUACACCGGAGGGGGGAUCCAUUAACUAAUGCAGGUGUUGCAAAAAGUGAACCACAAAAUCUAGUUACUAUUAAAGAAGAAAAACUUUGAAGAUAUAUGGAUGAAUUUGACGUGCACAAAUCCAUAUCAAGAACGUAACAUUGUUACAGGAAGGAAAAGAUCCACAUGCAUGCUCAAAAUGAGUUCCUUCCACAAAGUUGUACAGUGAAUAGUCUGCCACAUGUGAAAAAAAAAAAUAUCUGCAACGUUGGGCCAAAGAAAGAGUUUCAACAGAUCUAUUAUUACUUUGUUUCUGUGUACUCAAUUCCUACUUUUUUUGUGAUGCACAUUUCAUGUAUUCGGUCUCAAGCAAUCAAAACUAAGACAAUUCCCUCGCAUUGGUAGUACUCUGGCAUGCAAAAACAUUUCCAGAACUUUUUUAUGGGUCAAGAAUUCCUUACUUUUUUUGCGGCUUGUGCCCAAAUUGGAAGAGACCUUACCUGCCAUUAUCCUUUAUAUUUCAUUCUUUUAAAAAGUGGAGGAAUCCUUAACACAGGACACACAGAGAACGUUGAGCAUAACUAAUAAGUUUGACAUAUUUCUACAUUUUUCCUACUCAAUGUAUGAAUGUAAUUUUAAGUAUUUUUUUUUUUUUUUUAUAAUCUUAGUGAUUGGUUAGUUUUAGAAAGCUAGAUUGACAAAACUCACAGAGAAAAAAAGAGGAGACUUCAUUAAGGAAAUGAAUGUCUUUAUGGUAAACAAUGGAUUUGAGAUGCUGCUAUGUAAAAUAUUCCCAUAGAUUAAUUUAUAUGAUUGUAUUGAAGAGUAUAUGGAGAAAUUGAACUAUGUAAUUAAAUAUAUAUAUGGGAAGGGCCAGGGGGAUCAGAUAUGGCAGCAUACUUUGGAGAAGUGCUGCUUAGUGCCAACUAAUAGGAAACUAAAAUCUAGAGCAGCUUUGUGAAGAGGUAAAAAGUUAAAGAACUAGACCGAGAUGGUGUUUUGUUUCAUUUUUAAAGAUCCUCACUGUCGUAUAGGCUGAACCAAGACAUUUUAUGUACUAAUAAUGAGCACAGACACAUCAAAUGAAGAGUUUUCUCUUCCUGUUUUACUUGUUACUUGCAUGGCGUUAGCCUGUUUACACUUUGUGUGAGAGCCAGGGUUCACCCUUUGGUGUGCAGACCAGCAUGGGAACUAUUAAAAGUUUACCACUCAAAAUCCAUUGUGAAAAAGCAUUGUGUAGAAUCAUAUGGAACAUCUUUUGUUCCGUAAACUGCAGGGUUGUUUUUUAAGAAUCCUGUGUUUCAAACUGUUUCAGUGCUAUCCUUAAAAGGUACAGCGGAGGCAGUGGGACAGGAAUAACCUAAUUGGUGCUGAAAUGGUCCUCUGUGUCACUAGUGAGAUAGUGAUAGAAGAGGAGCAGACCUCACCUGUGAUGGCAGAAAUGUACCUUUGUAUGUAUUCAGUUUCUCCCGUGACAGUGUCUGUGCUGGUUCUGGUUAUCCUGGUUAUCUGUCCUCAUACUAUGUACUGUAUAUUCGAUCUGGAAAGUUAAAAUAUGCGUAUAUUAUCUGUUUUUUAUUGAAAAUAAAUAUUACAUUGAUGUGA